AUGGUGGCAUUAUUGGUCUUGCUGCUGAUUCUACUUCCUCAUGCAAUAUGCAAAUCAACCAUUGUUAAAUGUCAUGUCCAUGAUCCACACACUCCACUUCAUCAGUAUCAUGCGAAAGGAGACCUCAUCAUUGGUGGCAUUGCCUCUCACAGCAUCAUCAUCUCCAUUUCAAUACCCUUCAUUGAAAAACCCCCACCAACAUUGCUUGAAGAGCUAAAUGUGGUGCCAAAGAAUUACCAGCACAUCCUGGCCUUGCAAUUUGCAGUGAAGGAGAUCAACGAAAACCCUCAGCUCUUACCCAAUGUCACUUUAGGCUUCCGCAUCUAUGACAGCUAUUUCAAUGCCAAAUGGACCUCUUAUGCCACAAUGUUACUCAUAUCCACACUGGAAAUAUUUGUCCCCAACUACAUCUGUGACAUCAAGAAAAACUUGAUAGCCAUCAUUGGGGGACUGGACUCCCAAACUUCCCUUCAUGUGGCAACAAUCUUGGAUAUCUAUAAGGUUCCACAGAUGGUGCCCAAGGAAGCCCACCAGUAUAAGGGGAUCCUGUAUUUGCUUCUGUAUUUCCAGUGGAUAUGGAUUGGGAUCUUUACUUUCUAUGAUGAGAAUGCAGAAAGAUUUGUGCAAACUGUGGUUCCACUAUUUUCCCAGAGUGGCAUCUGUUUUGCCUUCAUAGAAAGAAGUCACACAUUAACUUACGUCACUGAAAUUAACAAUAUGUUUAAACUGGGGGCAAAAAUUAAUGACAAAAUAAACGAUAGCAAAGCCAAUGUAGUCUUGUUUUAUGGAGAAUCAUAUACUCUGGCAUUUUUUAGAUGGUUGCCUUACCUAUCAGAACUGGAACAAAGUUCAAAUAAGCCAAAAGGUAAAGUGUGGAUCAUGACAGCCCAGGUAGAGCUCACUUCUUUUGUCUAUCAACGGACUUGGGAUACAGAAAUACUGCAUGGGGUUCUCUCAUUCACAACUCACUCAAAUGAUCCACCAGGAUUUCGUCAGUUUGUCAAGAGCAAAACACCUUCCAACCCGAAAGGAGAUGGCUUCAUUUUGGACUUCUGGCAACAGGCAUUUGGCUGCGUAUUUCCAAAUCGAGUGGUUGGCAGUGUGAGGGGAGAUAUUUGCACUGGGCAAGAGAAGCUGGAGAAUCUUCCUGGUCCUUUCUUUGAAAUGAGCAUGACCAGCCACAGCUACAACAUCUACAAUGCUGUCUAUGCUCUCCAUCAUUUUCUGAGGGGUAUCUCAUUUAACAACAGCGCUGGGGAUAAGAUUUCCUUGGACCAGAAUGGGGAGAUAUUGGCUGGAUUUGAUAUUACCAAUUGGAUCGUUUCCUCCAACCAAUCCUUUCAGAGAGUGAAGGUAGGAGGGGUGGAUUCCCUGGCUCCUCCACAGCAAAUGUUGACCAUCAAUGAGGGAGCCAUAAAAUGGCACCAUUGGUUUAACCAGACACAGCCUAAGUCUGUAUGUACUAAGAGCUGCCGCCCUGGUUUUUGCAGGAAAGUGAAGGAGGGGGAAGCAUUUUGCUGCUAUGAUUGCAUCCCAUGUCCAGAAGGGAAGAUUUCAGACAAAGAGGACAUGAAUGACUGCUGUGAAUGUGAAGAUGAAAAGUAUCCAAACAAAAAUAGGAAUAUAUGUAUUCCCAAGAGUGCAACUUUCUUGUCCUUUGAAGAACCUUUGGGCCUCAGCUUAGCCUGUUCUGCUCUUUCCUUUGCUUUCAUUACAGCACUGGUAUUAGAAAUAUUUGUGAAGCACAGGGACACUCCUGUUGUGAAAGCCAACAACCGGGACCUCACCUACGCUCUGCUCAUCUCCCUCUUGCUUUGCUUUCUUUCUGUAUUACUGUUCAUCGGAUAUCCUGACAAGGUGACAUGUCUCCUCCGACAAACUGCUUUUGGCAUCAUCUUCUCAGUGGCUGUUUCUUGUGUGCUGGCAAAAACCAUCACUGUGGUUCUGGCUUUCAUGGCCACAAAACCAGGAUCCAGGAUGAGAAAGUGGGUGGGGAAGGGACUGGCAAACUCUAUUGUCCUUUCCUGCUCCCUUAUCCAAGCACUCAUCUGCACUGUAUGGCUGGUGAUCUCUCCUCCAUUCCCUAAUCUUGACAUGAAGUCAGUGGCUGAGGAAAUUGUACUGGAGUGCAAUGAGGGGACGGUGACCUUCUUUUACUGUGUCUUGGGCUACAUGGGCUUCCUAGCUUUGGUCAGUUUCACUGUGGCUUUCCUUGCCCGGAAAUUACCUGACAGUUUCAACGAAGCCAAGUUCAUCACUUUCAGCAUGUUGGUCUUUUGCAGUGUUUGGUUAUCCUUUGUUCCUUCCUACAUGAGCACAAAGGGGAAAUACAUGGUGGCUGUGGAGAUCUUCUCUAUCUUAGCCUCCAGUGCUGGUUUGUUGGGUUGCAUCUUUUCCCCAAAAUGUUACAUCAUUUUGCUGAGGCCUGAGCUGAACAGUAGGGAACACCUAAUAAGAAGAAAAUCCUGA